AUGGCUAUGGAUGGCACCUGUACACACUGCCAUGGGUCAGGGCAUACCUCUCGAGAUUGUUAUCACGGUAUUACUUCUCGUGCCCCUCCAAGGAUGCUUACCGUCCCUACCAACACCGCCAGCACCAUCCUACAUCUCUCCGCGUUCGCAAUCUUCAAUCUUAGGUCUGGCCAUCCAUCCGUCCAGGAGCUCAGAGAGAUUCUGGCUUUUCACUUCAAUCGUAGUUCAUGGCCCUAUCAAAUCAAAGAAGCGCCAGGAAAGAGCUUCAUGGUGCAGUUUCCAUCCGUCGCCCUUCUUACCCAAGCCAUAGAGCUCGGCCUGGUAGAUGGGAGCACCUUUACGGGCAGAUUCCGCCGAUGGAAGGAGGAUCUCAGACUUUCAACGGUUCCCCAACCUUUUCCAGUUGAUUUCACCAUGUCUCCAAAGAAGACUCGUGGUUCGAAGGGAAAAUCAGCGGCACCAGCACCUGAGGAUGUCGAGGCUGCAGUUCCAUCCUUUGGGGUCCCCUUUCCUUCUGUGGCCUUCUCUGAUAGAGAGGAUCCAGGUCAAAGCGGUACUCUUCAUGCCUCUUUCAACGGCGACUUUCUGGUUAGAGAGGCUCGCCAAUUUAGCGAAAAUCGUGAUAAUAGUAUUCCAGAGUUGGUUCGUGAGGGAGGUCGUCGUACCCUGCGCGCUCUUUUGACUGAUUCACCCCUAACUCCAAUUCGAGAUUCUACUGAACCGUUGAAGAAGACUGAUUAUCUGUUCGGAGAUUCGGUAGAAGAUCCAGACAAACUUUGCCGUGGCUCUGAAAUUUGGUUGAAUGAACAUGAAGGUUCUUUUCUAUUCCUUCCUCCAUUUCCUCGACAGUACUCCCUUCUGCAAUUGAGGAAUUUGGCUGUUUCGAGGGAAAUGACGUGGCACUUGACAGAAGACCAUGAGCACGUUCAUUGCGGCUAUAUUGGUAAAGAUAUUAGCGCUCCUGGCUCCGUCGGUAGGCCUGAUGUUCGUGGUCUUCACCCUGGUAUAUUUGGACCAGAUGGUGGGCCCCAAAACGAACUGAUGAUAAGGGCCAAUACCGUAAAGAAUAAGCUCGCUCGGGUUGGUCGAGAACUUCCCAUUCCAAGAUUCAGGUGUUAUGGAUGGGUUCACUCUCUUCCUGACAAAUGGUGGGCUAGGAUGACCAAAUACGUACUCCAUCGUUGGGAUCAGGAGUUGCGGGAUUUGGGAUUAUAUGCUCCAAUCCGAGCUAGUAUGCAUGGUCUCCCAGUGAGUGCAGAUCAUUUUAUGGCUUUGUUCGAGUCUUAUAUUCCGGAGACCAAUACCUUUCUUACCAAGUAUGGGGAAUUAGGGCUUCCGCUCCACGAAAUGAUGAAGGUAUCCGGAUUGCCAUUGGGGAAUACUCCUUACCAAGAAUAUUUUCCUAAUAAUCGUCAGUUGAUGAAAAUGAAGAAGGCCUGCUCUCCUGCUUAUGACAUCCUCUGGGAGUUAACUUGUCAUUAUCAGAUAGCGAUAGCCAAGAUUGAAGUGAAGAGUAAGAAGGCGGCUCGAGUCAGUUUAAAACAGUUCGCCGACUACCUAUUUCAGAACCUUGAGAGCCCGACCGGUGAAGAAGUCUGUGAAUCACCGAUUCUGACCCCUUCUGACGUCAACCAGCUAAUCACGAAGAUUAAUGCUCAGUCUUACAGAACUGAGUCAUCUGAAGGUGGUUUUCUUAAGGGCACCAAGUUCAACACUUUCUUGUGGCAAGCCACAAAGAGAAUGAAGCCUGCAACUCUUCUUUCCGGUUAUCUGGCCAUUUGGCUAAAGAGAUGUGUAGUGCCGCAUCAGUCUUCUGAGGCGCUUCCUCUUGAAGUUCUCUUUCCCGCCGUGCAACUAGUUGUCAGAGGCAGGUUAUCUCUUCUUUCUGCUAUGAUUGCUGACCUCCAUAGCGGUUUGCGUAACCUAGCCAACACCUUUACCAAAGUGGGUGCCGAGCCUUCAACUAAGAUUCCUUUGUCGAGCGUCGAAUUUCCGUACACCUAUUUGAUGGCGUGGCUAGUUCUCCAUCGAUCGGACAUGAUGUCAGCGCCUGAUGCGUCUGAUCCAGAAAUCCCCUUGCUGCAGCUCUUAGAAGGAUGUAAGUGGUUAUAUCCUUCCCGACCAUGGACUGACCGUGUGAGGCAAUUCAAGAAUGCCAAAUGCUGGGAAUUCUAUAAGUGUUUCCCUCGGUUUUCUGGUGCCUAUAAUGACACGCUUGUUGACGAGGAAAUGCCUGGGGCUAACAGGACCUCUCUCGAUACGGGUAGUUUUCAUUGGCUCAUGAACAUUCGCCCAGGCUAUAAUGUUUUUCGAUCGAAGAACAUUUGCAGGAUUGAGCCUUAUUUUCCUUGCCGUUUUGCGCGACAAUUCGGCUACGAUCAAUUGUAUAUCGGGAAUCCCAAUAAAUGGUUGAUAAACUGCGGAGGCCUUAUUGAUGGGGUACGUGCCUGGUUCUGGAAUGUUGCUGGCUGUACCGGAGCUCGAUUUAGUUUGCCUGUCGCUGAGCCUGGUCUUUACUUAACCUUCCUCUACUGCCGGUGGAUUUUAGCCGCCAAUACUCCUCUUGCGAAGAAGAAGCUCCACGAACUGGAAUCCGAGGCUGUAGUUCGGAGAAUUGUAUCAAAAAAAGGAAAGGAGCCCGCUACGUCUUCUCGUAAAGGAAAACAGGUAGCUGAUUCCGAAGAGAGCGACGACUUCGAGACAUCCAGCGAAGAGGAUGAGACCCGAGGCGACGCAGAGGGUGAUGUACCUUUGUCUCCCGUGGCUCACAGGACUCGUCGAGCUUCUUCGCCCAAAUUACCCGGUGCUCCUUCAAAAGGUAUACAAAUGAAGGAAAAGAACAUUCCCCUGUCGUCCUCCAACAAGAUGACCUUGAGAUGGCUUUCUCAGGAGGGAGAGGCAGAAGAAGAGGAAGAAGAGGUUGCCCCGCUUAUUAACAGGAAAAGAUCUCGGCUUACUGCUCCUUCUGAGGUUCAACCUCAGCCGACUCAAGGAACCGAAUUACGUACCAAGUUUCGACAUGAAAGCUCCGAGGUUCCUCGAGAUUCUCGUGCCUCGAAGAGGAUUAAAAAGACGGCUCAUCGGGAACGCCAACUUUCUCCGUUAUUUGAGGAGAAGUUUACUCAGGAUCUUCCAGUUGAUGAAAGGGUUGAAUCAGAAGAGGAAGGGGAAAUCGUGCCCAAGCCUUCUUCUCCGGGUUUAAUGGAUGUUGAUGAAUCUAGCUUCACUGAACAAGUGCACAAGGCUAUGAACGAGGAACCCCUUCAUAUGGACAUUGUUCCUCCUCCAGCCACCACAUCGACCUCGCCAACCGCAGAUACAGUUAAACUAAAGGAGGUGAGUGCGGGUAGUAGCGCUGCUAAUCCCGCAACUAUUGUUGAAGGAACCUCCAAAGAAUUUGAUAUUUGCAAAUAA